GCAGCGGCGGGCAGGGCGCGUCGCUGGGCGGGGGGAGAAGCCGGCGGACAGGCAGGGGCUCCCGGCGCGGCGGGUUUGGCGUUUCGGCCGCUUCCCUUGCCGUCACCCACAGGCUGCGCGCGAGGAUGAACCUGGAGCGGCUGAGAAAGCGGGUGCGACAGUAUAUCGACCAGCAACAGUAUCAAAGUGCCCUGUUUUGGGCAGACAAAGUAGCUUCACUGUCUCAUGAGGAACCACAAGAUAUCUACUGGUUGGCCCAAUGUCUCUACCUAACAGCUCAGUACCAUAGGGCAGCACAUGCCCUUCGAUCUCGUAAGUUGGAUAAGUUAUAUGAAGCAUGUCGCUACCUUGCAGCUAGGUGUCAUUAUGCAGCAAAAGAACAUCAACAGGCCCUCGAUAUUCUUGAUAUGGAAGAACCAAUCAACAAGAGACUUUUUGAAAAGUACAUGAAGGAUGAAACUGGAUUGAAAGACUGUACCACAGACUGGGAGAUGUCACAGUCUUCCAUCAAGAGCUCUAUAUGCCUCUUGCGAGGGAAGAUCUAUGAUGCCUUGGAUAACAGAACUCUAGCAACAUACAGCUACAGAGAGGCCUUGAAGCUUGAUGUUUACUGCUUUGAAGCAUUUGAUCUUCUAACUUCACACCAUAUGCUGACAGCACAAGAAGAGAAAGAACUGCUCGAAUCUCUACCUCUUAGUAGACAAUGUACAGAAGAAGAACAGGAGUUACUUCACUUCUUAUUUGAGAAUAAAUUGAAAAAGUAUAAUAAACCCAGUGAAACACUCGUUCCUGUAUCAAUAGAUGGUCUUCAGGAAAACCUGGAUGUGGUAGUAUCCUUAGCUGAACGACAUUAUUAUAACUGUGAUUUCAAAAUGUGUUACAAGCUUACUUCGCUAGUGAUGGAAAAAGAUCCUUUCCAUGCAAAUUGUUUACCCGUGCACAUAGGGACACUUGUGGAGCUCAAUAAAGCAAAUGAGCUUUUCUAUCUUUCUCACAAGCUGGUGGACUUGUACCCAAAUAAUCCUGUGUCCUGGUUUGCAGUAGGAUGCUAUUAUCUCAUGGUUGGACACAAAAAUGAACAUGCCAGAAGAUAUCUCAGCAAAGCUACUACUCUUGAGCGAACCUAUGGACCUGCGUGGAUAGCGUAUGGACAUUCAUUUGCAGUUGAGAGUGAGCAUGACCAAGCAAUGGCUGCAUACUUCACAGCUGCACAGCUCAUGAAAGGAUGUCAUUUGCCCAUGCUCUAUAUUGGACUGGAAUAUGGUUUGACCAAUAACUCAAAGUUAGCUGAAAGGUUUUUCAGCCAAGCUUUAAGUAUUGCACCAGAAGAUCCUUUUGUCAUGCAUGAAGUUGGAGUGGUUGCAUUUCAAAAUGGAGACUGGAAAACUGCAGAAAAGUGGUUUCUUGAUGCACUGGAAAAAAUCAAAGCUAUUGGAAAUGAGGUAACUGUUGAUAAGUGGGAACCUUUAUUGAACAACUUAGGACACGUCUGCAGAAAACUCAAGAAAUACGAAGAAGCACUGGAAUACCAUCGCCAGGCUUUAGUACUAAUUCCUCAAAAUGCUUCUACAUACUCUGCCAUUGGCUACAUCCACAGUCUCAUGGGCAAUUUUGAAAGCGCCAUUGACUACUUUCAUACGGCCCUUGGUCUUAGGAGGGAUGACACGUUUUCUGUCACAAUGCUUGGACAUUGCAUAGAAAUGUAUAUUGGGGAUUCUGAAGCCUAUAUUGGAACAGAGAUCAAAGACAAAUUAAGAUGUUACGACUUUGAUGUACACACAAUGAAGACAUUAAAGAACAUAAUUUCACCUCCCUGGGAUUUCAGAGAAUUUGACAUAGAAAGACAAACUCUGGAUGAAAGUGGCAUAAUAACAUUAGAGACAUCACAGCCAACGAAAAAUACAGACGCCAGUCGCCGGUUGGAAGAAACAUUUGAGAUUGAAAUGAAUGAAAGUGACAUGAUGUUAGAAACAUCAAUGUCAGACCAUAGCACGUGACCAUAAAGACUGGUAGAGAGCUCAUUUUGUCUAAAUAUGUUUGGUUUAGCAUUUUUUGUUAUGGUGUUAUACUUUCAAGAAUUUACUAUUUUUAUAUGAAUUCAAACUACUCCUCUGUACUUAACACCAGAGAAAUAAUGCUUGCCUUAAGGAUGAUUAAAAAGUAUAUGUGAUGGACUGUUGCUACAAAAUUAAUCAUACACGAUGGAGUAAAAAAAUAAAUUCUUUUUUUUUUUUUUAUACUGUUUACUGAUCCAUGUGUCUGCCAUCAGUAAAACUGUGAGGGUUUAAAAGUAGAACCAUUGACAGUGUUAAAUGGAGUCACCGGCCUAAUACAGUAGUAUUGUGGCUUCUGAGUUUUCAUACUGUCUGUGAGGAAUGCUAUUGUAGUAAAUAGACCCCUAAAAAAUCCAUGCAUUUUUAUACUUAUUACUUUAUAAGUAUGUAUUCCUUUAAGGUCCAGUUUCAAUGCUUUUUCCAUCAUUUUACUCUAAUUUGGCAUACAUUAAAUUGAUGACAAAGCAUGUUCCUUUGUUAUACUUUCUCCUAGUCAGUAAUUUCAGUUCUUCAUCAUUCUGUAUCAUAUUACCAAAACAUUAUGUAAGAACUGAUUUUGGUCCACUGACCAGACAACAAACAUGAAGAUAAAUCUGUCUUACCUGCAGUUAACAUUAUAAUGAAGUUGUAAGGUACAGUGUACUGAUAUAGGGACCACGGUCACUCUCUUUCAUAGAAUCAUAGAAUGGUAGGGGUUGGAAGGGACCUUUAGAGAUCAUCUAGUCCGACUCUUUACACAUAGCUGUUUUGUCAAUGCAAAAAAGGAUUAACUGAAUAAUAGACAUAAACAGUUUUUCCAAACCUCUGAAGUGUGGUAUUUUUAAAUGUCAUUGGUUUACUGAAAAAUGAAGUAGUAAAGCAUAUAUGUCUGGACCAGCAGCAGUGACUUAUCCAUCUGCUAAGCAGGACAGGUCUGUGCCACCUUAGCAUGAAUGUUGAAUGUGUUUUGUGUCAAUCUUUCCCUUCUUGCCUUUUCCACAUCUGUCAUUGUAUGGGGAUUAAAAUUAAAAACUUAAUGCUACAACUUAAGCUGUCAUAAUAUUUUCUUUUGUGACUUCCAGCUAAGUUUUGGCAUUUAAUGUUUAGAACAGAUUUCCUGAAGUCUACCAGUCCAGACGUUAGUGUGAUGUACUUCAGAACUCAAAAACUAGCCAUUUUUCUGUAGACAAAGAUUUUUCAUGAAAUACAGGAAUAAUUUCUUUUUACUUGACAAAAUAAAAUCACU